AUGUUAUCCACAUCAAUAUCUUCAUCCAACAUGGAGUAUCAUAAAUUAAACUCCACUGCUGAUAUGGAUAGCAUAGUUAUUACAGGUAGGAAGUUCAUACAUACUUUUGAUGUAAACAAAUAUCCCGAGGAACUUCAAGAGAAUCUUACUAGAGAUGAGUUCAAAGAUGUAUUGGGAGCAUUCAACAGAAAACUAAGGUGGCCUCUAUUAAUCAUUGGUGUCGGUGGUUUCUUCCUUUCAUUUUUGAUAUCCGGUCUAAUCACAAUCGUUUAUGGCAAGAAAUUGAUCUUUAUAAUUCCUAUAUUCGUAGUGGGUGCAGCUGUAUUCUUAAUAUCUACCUAUUUUUCAUACAAGUUUCAUAAACAAUUAGUUCAACUUGCAGAAUUAUAUACCAACUUUUAUGUUUUAAAGAGUGUUUGUUUUGUCUAUGACUAUGAGGUAGAGUCUCAAGCACCCAAAUUGACCAUCAAAUACCGAUCUUCAGCAAAAGAGGCAGAACUUCAACAACAGCAACAAAAUGAAGAAUCAUUAUCAUCUUCAUUUGGAAUUCCAAUGUAUAGUAAUCAAAUUAACAGAAGCGGUGGUUUUAAUAAUCCGUCAUAUUCUAUUUCCAUAACUAAUGGAUCAUCAAACCUCGUUGAUGAUACAUUCGACGUAUCUUCUUCAUUGCAAGGUACUACCGAGCCGACAACAGGAUUCUUUAAAUUAUAUACAAACUGA